AUGCGCGCUUUUAUUACACUCUGCCUGCUCGCUUCGGCGUAUGCCAAACCACAGGGCUAUAACUACCAGAGUCAACAAAACAGUUUCCAGAAUCAGCAGAAUAGCUUUCAAAUCAAGCUGCCUGGCAUUAGUAGUACAUCCAGUGCACAACAACAGCAGCACACCAGUUCCAACGUACAAGAACAACCAAGUUUCCUGCAACAGGCACUGCAAAAUGCCAAACUGACGCAAUCGCUCAUCAGCGCCCCAGCUGCUUUGCCCACCGUUGCGACACCAAACAACUAUUACCAAAGCGCACCUCUGUCACAAGGACCACAAUUUCAGCCCGGUUUCCAACCCAGCCACGGUCCACAGCAACCCGCCUAUCCAACGUUCGGACAGCAGCAAUACCAGCAGCAAGGCCACUUCGGACAAUCACCAUCUCUUGUCACCAAGGACAUUUACGUGCAUGUCGCACCCGAAGAGCAUGAAGAACGUUACCAGCGACCGGUGUUGCCUCCGCCACCACCACGCAAGCACUACCGCAUUGUCUUCAUUAAGGCGCCAAGUCCCAAGCCAAACGUAGCAGCCUUACGCGUAAAUCAAGCGCCAACCGAGGAAAAGACUAUCAUUUAUGUGCUCACACGCAAGCCAGAUCCCAUUGACUUGGAGGCGGCCUACCAGGAGGCAGCGCCCAAGCCGCCCAGCAAACCGGAAGUCUAUUUCAUUAAGUAUCGCACCCAAGAGGAAGCGCAACAUGCACAACGCACCAUUCAAGAACAAUACGAUCAACUAGGCGGCACUACACAGGUCUCCGACGAGGGAGUUGCACCCGUAGCCUCCGUAAUUGGAUCGUUGGAUCGCCAGCAAGGUGGCGCAGGCGCCAACGUCGGCUCCAGUAUCAUCUCCACCAGCAGCACCAGCAGCAGUGCGAGCAGUAGUGGCAGCAGCAGCGGCAGCAGCAGCGGAGUGAAUAAAUAUCUGCCGCCUUUUGUAAGACUCUAA